UUCCAUCUAUGCCCAUCGCCUGGAACCAGAGUCUGCCAAUAGGACUGGAAUUACUAUAACACGAACUUUUAACGUGAUUUCGUCUCAAAUACACACGCGGGAGGAGAGAAAGGUACAUCCCAACAGUUUACACUCAAGAGAUCUGCUGGAAUUCACUGAGAUCUGACACGACCAUUCCCAGAAUAUCAAGAUCUGCUGAUGAUCUCUAAUUAUUAGCAGUGAUGGAGGAGCGUACUGCACACUGGAAAUACAUUGCAAGCACUUUUAUAUGACUGCCUUUUAACAGGGCUGCUUGUAGCACCUUUACUGUGUGUGUUUACAUUUGUGAGAUCCUACAAGUACAUUACGUUACUAAAACCCCUUUAACCGGGAUAUAGCGCUACCAGAAUAACUCAGCCUGUAGUCAUCGUACGGAUUUUCUGCUUUUUCGGCUACUGCAGCAAGACGACUCUGGAGACUCUUUAGGAGAGUUUGCAGCCUGUCAAAGUUCAACGUUUGAUUUAGUAACUCUCCUUUUUUGCGGAAGAUCUGCGACUAAGAAUCAGCGGGAAGCAUAUGUAUCGCCUGCACUUAAUGGAGUUAUUUUAAAAAGUAACACAAGGAGUAUACUUUAAAUAUGGAAGUACUGUCUUCUUUUGCAAACGGAUUGUAAUAGUUAAUGAAGUGAAACUGCAGGUACGAGAUUAGAAAAUCGGAAGUUUAUCAGUGUCAGAAUGGAAUUUUUACAGAUUGCCCUUCUCGUUUUGGAGAUAAUUGCAUUCACAGACUGCGCCAGGGGUCCGCCGAGAAUUGCAGACAAGGUAAUCCAUCGCCAGACGGUAAGAAUUGGCCGAACCAUGAAGUUGCUGUGCCCGGUUGAAGGAGACCCCCCGCCACUCACCAUGUGGACCAAAGAUGGGCGCACCAUCCAUAGCGGCUGGACGAGGUUCCGUGUGCUCCGGCAGGGGCUCAAGAUCAAGGAGGUGGAGGCAGAAGAUGCCGGGACCUUCAUUUGUAAGGCUACCAACGGCUUCGGCAGCAUCAACAUCAACUAUACGCUCAUUGUGAUUGAUGACUCAAGCUCAGGAAAGGAUGGUCCAGGGAUCCCAGAAGGGAGUGACGCAGAGUAUACAAAUGAGGACAUUUCAGGGAAACAAUGGGUGCGCCCGAGGUUCACUCAGCCUGCAAAGAUGCGGCGGAGGGUGAUUGCGCGACCCGUGGGGAGCUCGGUCAGACUGAAGUGUGCGGCAAGCGGGAACCCGCGGCCCGAAAUUGCUUGGCUGAAGGACAGCAAGCCGCUGAUGGCCCAGGCCGGGGAGGGCCGCAAGAAGAAGUGGACACUGAGCCUCAAGAACUUGGAACCCGAGGACAGCGGCAAGUACACCUGCCGAGUCUUCAACCGCGCCGGGGAGAUCAACGCCACCUACAAGGUGGAAGUCAUUCAGCGCACAAGGUCCAAACCCAUCCUGACUGGCACCCACCCUGUGAACACGACUGUGGACUAUGGUGGGACCACCUCGUUCCAGUGCAAGGUCCGCAGCGAUGUCAAGCCCGUCAUCCAGUGGCUCAAGCGUGUGGAGUACGGCAACGAGAACAAGUACAAUUCCACCAUCGACGUGGGCGAAUAUAAGUUCGUGGUGCUGCCCACAGGGGAGGUGUGGUCUCGCCCAGACGGCUCUUAUUUGAACAAGUUGAUGAUAACCCGGGCCAAGGAGGAGGACGCUGGGAUGUACAUCUGUCUGGGAGCCAACACUAUGGGCUACAGCUUCCGGAGCGCCUUCCUCACUGUCCUGCCAGACCCAAAGCCACACAUUCCAUCUGUGAUGGCCUCCCCGUCCAGCAGCCUUCCCUGGCCCGUCAUCAUUGGGAUCCCUGCAGGGGCCGUUUUUAUCUUCGGGACAAUCCUGCUGUGGCUGUGCCAGACCAAGAAGAAGCCCUGCUCUUCCCCGUCUUCAGCGGCUGCAGUGGCAGCUCAGUCCAUCCACCGCCAGCCUCCCUUGAGAGAGCGUAUCUGCCUGCCGCAGGUGCCCGACAAAGACUGUGGGAGCUCCAUGAACUACGAGGAGUAUUUAGCCCAGCAGCAGCAUCUGCUAGCUCAAGGGCCUACUCUGGCCCCGGCCAUGGUUCCUAAAAUGUACCCAAAGAUUUAUACGGACAUCCACACUCACACUCAUCAGCAUGUGGACGGGAAGAUUCACCAACACCAGCACAUUCACUAUCAGUGUUAGGUGAUGCUUCUUGAAAAAAAAGGCCUUAACUGCAUCCUUCCACCCCCACUCUCCGUCAAAUCCCUCCCUGUAUGGUACCAAACAUACUGUUUACACUGCCAGCCACCAGCAGGCCACGAACUGGACAAAUAAAAGACUAUGUGAUUUUUUAAUUUUUUUUAUUGAGGGUUGAGGGGGUGCUGGGGAUAGGAUUAAUGAAGGAAGACAAAACUGGGAAAGGAAAAAAAUGCAAUUUGCUGAAAUUACACUUUACAUUUUUAAUUAAUUUUAAUAUGUUGGUAAAUCAAGGGGCAAUUGAAAAAAAAAAUAGUGAAGCUGUGGCUUAUAUUAAUCACACACAUUUUUGCCUCCAAAUUGUUUUAGUUUUAUUUUGGAGAAAAUAAAACCGCCCUGCUUGAGAAGCCAUUUAAAAAAAAAAUAUGUUGUUUUUUUUUGGUUUAAGUAUAAGCAGAAAUAUUUUCCUUCUCUAUUAUAACAUAAAUAAAUAGAUAAAAUAAAAUUAUAUAUAAAUAUAGUAUCCCUGACCACUAUUAAUGCCAAUAAGUAGCUGCAUACAUUAUUUGCCAUUGACGGCUAUAUCCCAGUAUCCUAUUUCAGACUAAAAAUGUAAACAACAUGGCUCCAUUAUACCACCUGCUAGUCACCAAAUGGCUUUCGCUCCCCUGAUUGGAGACAACUGCGUUGAAGAAGGAAUAUAAACACCUGCUUUAAUGUGAUCUGGUUAACACUGUUCUAGCAACACCCUGCAGUCUGAUUCGCCAAUCAAAGCUAGGACAGACCGAUAAGUUCAAAUGUUUCUUGGACAUGCACUUACACUGAGUGUUUUGAAUAAAACGUUACAAGUUUGAAACUGUUCUUUACUGUACAAUCACAUUUCACUGACUUUGGGGGGGAAAAGGACCAUAAUAGUGCCUAUGUGGACUAGAAUAAAAUGUAACCACAAAAUAUAAAGCUUUAGUAAUUAUAUAUAUAUAGAUUUUAAACAGAAGUCAUGUAUAUUUAAUUUAUUUUCUUAAGCAAGAAAUAAUGUAUAAUGUUUUCAUCAAAGCAGGCAUUUAUAUACAUAUUUUGAUAGUAAAUAUGAACAAGUUGAAUGCCAUGUUUGUUAUAGUUUCCACAUAAGCUAUGUAGCAUAUAUUCAAUAGUUUCUGAAAGAGUUGUAAGUCAUAUAUUUGUAUGCACUGUUUGAAUAUACAAAAUUGAAAUGAUUAAUAUCUUUGUAUUGACAAUCCUGUACAGUCUGUGCUUUUUGGUAAGUUGGAAAUGUUUUCAAAGUUUAUUAAUUUGGAGACAUUUAAUUAUUUUACUGUGGUUAUUGAUAAAAGAAACACAAGAAAGACUUAUUAUUAUUAUUAUUAUUAUUAUUAUUCUCAAGUGCCAAAGGUUUCAAUAACAUUUUUAGAAAGAAAAACACAAACAAACAAACAAACAAAAUUAUUACGGAAGGAUAACAAAAUAUUGUACAACCUUUAGCCAUUUGUAAAGAAAAAUAAAACUCACCUUUUUAAAAAACCAAGCCAAGUAAUUCCCAAUGAGGUAUUCAACUACGACUGUUUGAAGCAUUACAAUCAAUCUCAAGAUAUUCUGUAUAUAUAUAUAUUGCUUUUGUAUGGUCUACAUUGACAACCCAGAAAUGUUCUUAAAGUUAAAGUUAUGGAUAAGUUUACAAAUAAAUAAGGAAUGGUAUGAAGCUGUCUGCUGAGAGGUCUAGCUUCAGGAGCUCAAAGGGUUCAUAAUUGUAGGAUUAUCUACAGGGAGUAUAAACAUGUAAUUGUGGGUAGCUGCCUAGUAACAAUAAAAAACUACCAGCAUUACAUCUACAUUAUUUCACUGGUGUAGCAAUAGCAAUAUGGUGCUACUGUGUUUCUCAUACAAGGGUGUUGCGUAUUUGUUUUAUUUAAUUAAAGCCUAAUGUAGAAAGCAGUUGAUACAUUAACAAAACAACACCACCAUCACACAUAAUAUUGUAGUUGCAUGUUGGUGCUCAUAAAAUGUUUUUGUGUUUGUAUUAUAAUAUAAUGGCAUAAAAAAAAAAAAAAAAAAAAAACAA